AUGGAAAAGAUGAUGAUGAAGCCAAAACCACUCAAUAAUCCUCCCGGUUCAGCUAAUUCUGCAAAUAACAAACUGGCCAUGCACAAAGAUUCACACGUUAUAGCAAAGUUGAAGCCAAAGAUUCGCAUCAUCCAUGUGUUUGCGCCGGAGAUCAUAAAGACCGACGCUGCCAACUUCCGGCAGUUGGUGCAAAGUCUUACCGGAAAAGGGGCGGGGGAUGCAAGGGGAAAAGACGAUCAUCGUGCCCAAAACCGAAAGGGUUUUCGUUCCACCGAUGAUGAUCAGCCAACGAGCAAGAAAACGGUCGACCAAAAGCGCGAUGAUGAUCAGUUUCCGGUGGUGAUCAAGAAGGAGGAAGCUGAGGAAAAUUUGUGGAGUGGUGAUCAUGAUGAGAAGAUGAUUAAUAGUAGUAGUUUCUUGGAUGGUUUCUCGGAUUUGGACGGCUUUAUUGAUGAGAUAAGCGAAUUUCGUUCUUUUCCCUUAAGAUCAUCUUCUCGUAUGGACCGUGUCUUUCAUGAAGAUCCAAACUAA